AUGUCAAAGAAGUUGUCUAUACCCGAGGAGGUCAUGAGCAAGAAGGAUCCAGAGCUCUACUUUCAAAUUGUAGAGAAGCUUGGUGAAGGAUCAUAUGGUUCAGUUUGGAAAGCAAUCAAUAAGGCGACAGGUAUACCAGUAGCCAUCAAGAAGGUGGCAAUCGACAAUGAUCUCGAUGACAUGAAGAAAGAGAUCAACUUUAUGAAACAAUGCAGGAGCAACUAUAUCAUUACUUAUCAUGGUAGUUUCAAGAGAGACAGUGAGAUAUGGAUCGUAAUGGAGUAUUGUGGAGGUGGAUCAGUAUGCGAUGCUAUAAAGAUCACGAACAAGACGUUGACAGAGGAACAGAUUGCUGUGGUAUCAAAGGAUGUAUUGCAGGGUCUGGCAUACUUGCACUCGGUGCGAAAGAUACAUCGUGACGUUAAAGCCGGUAACAUCUUGCUCAAUCACAAUGGAGAGAGUAAGCUGGCGGACUUUGGUGUGAGUGGACAGCUGGACGGAUCAAUCGUCAAGGCACAGACAGUGAUUGGCACACCGUUCUGGAUGGCGCCCGAGGUCAUUCAAGAGGUGGGUUACGACUACAAGGCAGACAUAUGGUCGUUUGGUAUCACGUGCAUAGAGAUGGCCGAGUCUAAGCCACCCCUCUUCAACAUACAUCCGAUGCGUGUGAUCUUUAUGAUCCCCAACCCUUCGCGGCCACCUCCCAAGCUGACCGAGCCCGAGAAAUGGUCGGCCGACUUCAACGACUUCCUGGCCAAGUGUCUGACGAGAAAGCCCGAGCUGCGUCCGACCGCUGUCGACCUGCUCAAGCAUCCAUUCAUCACCAAGGCCAAGUCACACAGUCUGCUGGUGCCGCUCAUCGACGAACAGGAGCAGAUCAUCGGACAGAAGGGACGCGAGGCAGCACUUGGAUUGGACAAACAGGACGACGAGGAGGACUCUGACGAGGAGGACUCUGACUCUGAGCAGGACAGUGGCACCAUUCGACCAAACAGGCCGAGCGCAGCACAUGCCAUCAAGGAAGACGAUGGAUUCGACAGUGGGACCAUGGUCAUCACCGACAACAGAAACUACGACACAAUGGUCGUCAACAACGACGACGCUUCAUCCACCAUGCGCAUGAACAAUGGCAAGAACAAGACCUAUGUACCAGCCUACAUGGAUCAAUUCAAGAAGGACAAUCAAUCAUCAUCAAGUAACAAAUAUUCAACCUUGUCAUUGGAGGAACUGCAGAACAAACUGGAAGAGAUAGAGAAGGAGAAGGAACAAAAGAUAUCGGCAAUCAUGGGCAAGUACACGAUCACAAAGGAGUCACUAAAGUUGGUGCUGGAUGAGAAGAAGUCGUCUUCGCAUCAUGUUAAAGGUUAA